AACAGCAAGUGGGAUAUAAAUGCUGUGCUUGCUGGCAGUUCUGGGCACUGACAGAUGGCGCUGACCAUGACUGCUACCGAGGAAGCGCAGGCACAGAAGCUGGGCCCCCUGGGCUGUCACCUCCACCACUCCAUCUCCCUGGUCCUGAAGCUGCUCUUAUUCAUGCUGUUCGCUGGGAUCUUGGUGGCCAUCCUUGCUAAAGUCUCCACUGUACCUAGCAGGCAGGAGUAUGAGCAGGACCAGUCGAAGCAGAAGCAGACCUCCCAGGAACUGACCCAGCUGAAGGACAGAAUGAACAACCUGUGCCGCCCCUGCUCCUGGGAAUGGAAGUUCUUCCAAGGAAACUGCUACUUCCUCUCCAAGUCCCAACGGAACUGGCAUGACUCAGUCACUGCCUGCAAGGAGGAAGGGGCUCAGUUGGUCAUCGUGGAGAGUGCUGAGGAGCAGAGCUUUCUGCAACAGAUCUCAAAAAGUAAAGGCCGCACCUGGAUAGGUCUGUCAGACCUGAACAAGGAAGGGGUGUGGCACUGGGUGGAUGGCUCUCCUCUGUCGAACAGCUUCAAGAAGUACUGGAACCCCGGGGAGCCCAACAGUUCCGGGGAGGAAGACUGUGCGGAAUACAAAGGCGAUGGCUGGAACGAUUCCAUAUGUAGUCACAAGAAAUUCUGGAUCUGCAAAAGAUCAGCAAAUUCCUGCCCCAGGGAGUGACAGCCAGUUAACCCCCUGCAGCCUCUUGGAGCAGCCGAAUUUUGCCCACAUUGUGCCUCUUCCUUCUCCUUAUCAGCUGACAUCGAAUUCUUACCAAUGGCUCUGAGACUCUUCCGCACCAUACCCCUCCACCCCUAAGCACUCAGGGUCACCUCUAGCAUUCCUGGCUUCCUUAUGACUUUACAGGUGUGGCCCAUCUUUGCAGUUUGAUACAGUGACCGUUAUGGGGUAAAUUCA